CCCCGCCAGGUCUCCGGGAGGCGCUCCCGGGGCGGGACCCGCGCGGUCGGCUGCUUGGGGCAGCGUUGGGGCCCAAUGGAGGCGGCCGUGGCGCCCACCAGGGACGCGCGAGGGCGCGCGGCGAGUCAGUCCGGCAGUGGUGGAGAGAAGAACCCACCGGAGAGGAAGGUGUACAUGGACUAUAACGCGACCACCCCCCUGGAGCCGGAAGUUAUCCAGGUCGUGACGGAGGCCAUGCGGGAAGCCUGGGGGAACCCCAGCAGCCCCUACCCUGCAGGUCAGAAGGCCAAGGACAUCAUCGAUGCGGCUCGGGGCCACCUUGCGAAGAUGGUAGGCGGGAGACCUCAGGACGUCAUCUUCACGUCCGGGGGCACCGAGUCCAACAACUUAGUGAUCCACUCUGCGGUGCGCCAUUUCCAGCUCACCCGCGUGGCCGAGAGGGCCGGGGCCACGCCCCACCUUGUCACCUGCACCGUGGAGCACGACUCCGUCCGCCUGCCCCUGGAGCACCUGCAGAAGGAGCGGGUGGCCGCGGUCACCUUUGUGCCUGUGUCCAAGGUGAGUGGGCAGGUGGAGGUUGAGGACAUCCUGGCUGCUGUCCGCCCGGCCACGUGCCUCGUGACUGUCAUGCUGGCCAAUAAUGAGACUGGGGUCAUCAUGCCCGUUGCUGCCAUCAGUCAGCGAAUUAAAGCCCUGAACCAGAAGCGGGCAGCUUCCGGGCUGCCUGUCAUUCUGCUGCACACAGACGCCGCGCAGGCCCUGGGGAAACGGCGCGUGGACGUGGAGGACCUGGGCGUGGACUUCCUGACCAUUGUGGGGCACAAGUUCUACGGUCCCAGGAUCGGAGCACUCUACGUCCGUGGACUCGGUGAACUUACCCCUCUGUACCCUAUGCUGUUUGGAGGUGGACAAGAACAGAAUUUCAGGCCAGGGACAGAGAACACGCCGAUGAUUGCCGGCCUUGGGAAGGCUGCUGAGCUGGUGACCAAGAACGGGGAGGCUUACGAGGCCCAUAUGAGAGACGUUCGCGACUACCUGGAGGAGCGACUGCUGGCCGAAUUUGAUAAGCAGAGAAUCCAUCUGAACAGUCGAUUUCCAGGGACUGAGCGACUUCCCAACACGUGCAACUUUUCCAUCCAGGGACCCCAGCUCCAAGGCCGUGUGGUGCUGGCACAGUGCAGGACGCUGCUGGCCAGCGUGGGGGCCGCCUGCCACUCGGACCAGGACGAUCGGCCGUCCCCAGUGCUGCUGAGCUGCGGCGUCCCCUUCGAUGUGGCCAGGAACGCGCUGCGGCUGAGUGUGGGCCGCAGCACCAGCAGGGCCGACGUGGACCUCGUGGUGCAGGACCUGAAGCAGGCAGUGGCCCGGCUGGAGGGCCAGCCCGGCACCAGGGACGCCUCCUAGGAAGCCCUCCCCGGGGUCUGCGGAUGGCUCUCCUCCUAAUUUGUGCAGGCCUUCACUGUGUCCCAGGGCGUCUGACGCUGUGACCAGACUGUGUGUGUGUGUGUGUGUGUGUGUGUGUGUGUGUGUGUGUGUGUGUGUGUGCGCGCGCACAAGUGUGCGUGAGGGCUGCAGGCCUCCACUGUCCUCAGGUCAGGCCGACCCCACAGGUGCUCAUGGGCCCAGGACACCAUUGCCCGUGCAGGACUGUCACCGUCGCUGCCGCCCGGGGGCGCAGGUUCAAGUGGAGGCGCGUCAGUGGCCCCUGUGGGAAGGGGGUGAGCCGUUUUCAUCCAGAAGAUAGAUCCUAGUGUUUACAAGCGAUCGUUGGUCACUGUCACGAGAAUAGGAAACCUGAUUUUUGCCGCAGUCACAGCCCCCACGUGUUUGCACAGCGGUCCUUGUGGGGCCGUGUGCCCGCUCCUCACGCCCUUCCUCCACAGGCGGGCUCCCCAGGUCAGGCCCCGCUCCCUGCUCCCCGGCCCCGCCCGCCCCUCCCUCAUCCCUCCAGCCACUGCGCCCCGCCCCGCGCCUCCCUGCACACAGCCGCCAGGCCCCACAGGCUCUUCCUUUCGGUGGCUUACUCAGGGUUUGGGGAGCGGCCGGGGCGGGGUCCUGGCUCAGUCCUGAGGUGGGCGUCAGGCCGCUCUGGCUCAGCCUGGGACGUACUCUCAUUCACGGAAGGAUUAUUUUAUCUUCAUGGGUGCUUUGUGGCGCCCUGGUGCCCCCAGCGCUCACGGAGACACUUAACAUAGGAGUGACUUUUUAAUCGAAUAAACGCUUUUAAUGUGUGGCUUUAAGGUGCAAAGAGUCAUGUGAUGACGUUGAGGAAACCGUUGUCAGACAUUAAGUGAUCUAAUAAAACAUUUUAAUGCUUGUA